AUGCCCCCCUGCCCCUGUCAACCCUCCCCUUGUUCCCCUGCAAAUUCGUGAACUGACCACAGCCUCUCUGACUGGGCACUGGGGCCCUACUGGGAGAUCGAUGCCUCCACCACCUCUGGGCCUGCAAGAUGUGAAUGGGGGGGUAUUUAGAAUCCUCAUCCCCCCGCCCAAACCUUUCCACUGGCGCACCUCAUCCCGUGUCAAACACCAAAUCCAUAUCCCCGGAUCCAAACAAGUCCACCGCCUCGGGCCGUCUCCGACAAGGACUUACACACUCGUUCCACUGCGGCUUUGGUGUAUAAUAACAAUAGCUUGGAAAGAACAGCAGAACAGCAGAGUUUUUGGAAAGACAGAAGAUCAACACAACCCGAUCAGCAACAACACGGCACAGUCCCACACCUGAGCAGGCACAACUGAGCCCAACAUCUUCUUCCUUCACAGGCAUCAAAUGGCGGCAACUGGCCACCACGAGGCCGACAACUACAACAUGAGCUACCCAGAACCCCCUCACUUCUCAUCCGCGCCCAUGGACCUGGGACUUUCCCCAGAGCCCUACAGCGCAUACUCCAGGUCAUCACACGAGUUCCCGACGACAAUUGGCUAUGAGCACGGAGCCAUCUACACCGCCGACACACCAUACCUCUACAGCCAUAACGGUAACCACGAGAGGUCAUCACCUGGCAUGUACCCAGACGACAGCGAUCUGAGAGGACCAGCUUCGGAUCUGAGCAUCGCCAGCGCCUCAUCCUCCAACGCAGGCUCCCCAAAUUCGAGUCACGGCCAAAUGGCGCCGAUCCCUGAGUGGGCCACGGGCCCCCACGGACUUGGGGUUACCCCGGGCAUCGUCGACGCAAGCGACUUCCACCUCCCCGGCAGCGAAUAUUCAUACGCGCCCGGUGUCUAUGGUGAUGAGUACAGCACAGCUUUCGAGUAUCCCAGCGGGAAAACACCAGGCUUUGUUGAUCCCAUCUUGAUUCACCCAGACGCGAGACCAAUGACCAUGUCUGGCUUUGAGCAGCAGCCAUAUUCGGCCCAGCCCAACUCCGCAUAUCCUGCCUCUCCUGCUCUGUCUGCCUCCCCACAACUGCGAAACGGCAGCACUUCGCCCUUCAUGCACAACAACUACCAGUACUCGCCAUACCCGCCACCAGUGGAGGCCCAAAGGAGACCAAGCCUUGUUUCUUUCCACUCCAACUACUCGGGCGAGCAGCAAUACAGCGGCGAUGAGUUCAAGGAGAAGCAGAGGUGCCCACAUCCCGAGUGCGGCAAGGUGUUCAAGGACCUCAAGGCGCACAUGCUCACUCACCAAGAGGAGCGCCCCGAGAAGUGCCCCAUCACAACAUGCGAGUAUCACGUGAAGGGGUUCGCGAGAAAAUACGACAAGAACAGACAUACCCUUACACAUUACAAGGGCACCAUGGUCUGCGGUUUCUGCCCGGGGUCUGGCUCCGCGGCCGAGAAGUCGUUCAACCGUGCCGAUGUGUUCAAGCGCCACUUGACUGCUGUGCACGGUGUCGAGCAAACACCACCCAAUAGCCGGAAAAAGGCUGCCGCUGGAAACAACGGGACCAAGAAGUUGACUGGCUACGCCCCUGAUGCGACUGGCAAGUGCUCCACUUGCUCGUCAACCUUCAGCAACGCCCAGGACUUCUACGAGCAUCUUGACGACUGUGUGCUCCGCAUUGUCCAGCAAGAGGACCCAGCAGAGGCCAUCAACGCCCAGCGGUUGGCCGAGGUGGAAAACGAUCGCGACGUACACAACACCCUGGAGAAGAACAACCUCCCAACAACCACCAUGACACUUCAAGAUGGCGAGGACGAGGAUGAGAACAUGGAUGACGGCGAUGAUGAUGAGCUCAGGGCUCGCGGCCUCAAGGGCUCGCCCACCAAGAGGAAGGGUGGAAACCCACAAAACGGCGUGCAAAAGUCCCGCGGGCUUACACACUCGCGCGGCGGUGUCACGCUCCCCACCAAGACCCGGGGUCGCAAGAACAGGCGCGACUAUCCUUCCUCAUGGGGCUUCGACAAGGGUCAGAUGACAAUGAAGAAGCGCGUCAUGGCGGUAUUCGACGGCCCCCGCCGCCUGGCCAAGGACGACAUGAUGCUCUCGACCGAGCAAGAAGUCCGCAUCAAGCUCUCCGACGGCAAGUCUUACGUCACCGACCUCGACAUGCAAACGCUCAAGCGUGCCGACGGCUUCCUCAACGCGACCAAGGAGGAGAAGGGUCCCUGGGUCUCGGACGACCCGACCGAGGAGCAGCUCAAGCAGAUGCUUACCUACACCGCCCCGGAACCAACAACCACCGCUGCUGCCGCCGCCGCUCAGUAAAUACCAUGACUGUUUUACUCACUCUUCUUUCACUUGAUAUUUAUACUGCAACAACUACCAAACUAAUCAUCACCAUCACACAUCGUCACAUUUACUUUUUGGGCUUGUUGGUUAUAGAGGGGGUAUAUUACCUCUGGGGGAUCUACAAAGAGUUUGUAAAAAUACACGCGGCAUUUUUUCUAGGGGGGCUGGUUUUAUAUCCCAUGGGAUUGAUUGGAUUUGGCUGGGAACAUUAUGGCAUUCAUGGGGCCUUUUUUUUUCUUCUUUUCUUUUCUACUCUGUGACAUUAUUUUUCUUUUCCUUUGUUUUUUUUUAUGCUGUCGCCCUGGAAAUUUGGGAGAAUAAGGAAUGGGAGGGCCUUAAUGACUGCAAUGAAAUACCAAAUGGGGGUUUUUUUGGGGGGGGAAGAAGGGGAAAGAAUGGGGCUAUAAGGAACUCAAAAAAAUUAUUCUUAGUAUUACUACGAGACCUAAGUAAGAGUGGGAAGAAGAGGAAGGGGGAGCAAACACUACCUACCCAGGGACUUGGGGGAAUUUUCUUAGCUCUUGUUUAGUAUUACUACUACAACAACAACGAUACCCAUAUUGUUCUCAACACUUUUUCUUGCGAUUUGCUAUUUAAUGUUUGUGUGUAGAGGAACAAAGUUGGUUGCUUAUAUAGUAGUUAUUGGUAUGGUUUAUUAUUUACUAAUGGGCUCGCCGUCGCUCUUGUUAAGCUGUGGGAUAUGGAAGAGUGGUUUGUC